AAAAAUUUUCUUGGCAACCCCACCCAGUUAUAACCUCUACGGCAAAUCGAAUCUUGGGAUUUUUCAAUAAAUCCUGUUUGGAUUUUCAGGUCCCAGAUAAAUUAUAAUUCAAGAUGUCUGAGCUUCCCUUUGGACCCCCAGUGCGAGUGUCGCCACUCAUCAGGUUCGGCCGCUGGUCAUUCCUCGGUGCCGGCAUCCUGUAUGGAGCGUUCCACCAGAGCCGGCUCUCCAAGCGUGAAGAGAAGCUGCGUGAGAUCGAAGCCAAGGAGAAGGUCAUCAGAGACGAGAAGCUUAAGAAGGAGAAGGCGAUUGCUGCUGCUGCUGAAAUCAAAGCCCUCGAAGAAAUGGUAGCCAAAAAAUGAACAUUACGGGACUAAAAUCUAGUUUUAAGUUAAUAGUGCUCGUCGCCAUCUUGAAAAGUGUUGCCGGUGUAGAAAAUAUUGUGUUUUUUGUACUGGCAACGUUAUUCCAUCAAUAAAUUAUGUAUUUAAUGCAAUAUAGGUGAUUAUUAUA